CAGAAUGAGUCACACUUUUCACCUUGAGUAAUUGGCCACUUCUGUUCCAACAUGUCUGCAGAGAUGGAUGGGAAUGAAGUGAGAGGAGACCUUUUUUCGGCGGUUUUUCAGGGUGUGUUCGCGUCUGCAAGGAGACCAAAAAGAAAAUCAUUCACACCUCUCUCAGGCACUUCUCGGGGAAUGUAUCGUCACCUUGCUUCAAGUUUUUAAGAACAGAACAAAACAGUUUUGUCAUGUCGGCAUGGCAUCCGUGGAGACAUUUGCCUCAGGUAUGACCCUCUGGCUGAGUUCAGGUCAAAGGGAGAAAUGAAAUACCUCUCACUUGUUUAUUCUGUGGAUCUCUAAGUCAUCUAAAAUCAACAACUCCACACCAGCCAACCACCAUGAAUGCCUCAGACCUUCCAGUCGCCAACAACACCCCAGUCUGCUACUCCAUCAAAAGCCCUCCAUUCAAUUUCAACCCCAGUGUCACCUCAAUCUACUUCUCAGCCAUCUUCAUGGCUUUAGGUCUCCCUUCCAAUCUCAUUGCCUUUAUUGUUCUCUUCAAAUCCUUCCAGCGGACAUGUAGUCGCUCACGCUCCUUCUUCCUGAUCUUCCUGGGCGGUCUUGUGGUUACUGACUUCAUGGGUCUCCUGGUCACAGGCUCCAUUGUGGUCUCCUUCUAUGUUACACAUUUUAAUUGGCGCCAGAUAGACCCGAACUGCCAUUUCUGCAACUUCAUGGGUAUGUCAAUGGUCUUCUACGGACUGUGCCCACUGCUGCUCAGUGCCACCAUGGCCGUGGAGCGCUUCAUUGGUAUCAACCAUCCAUUUGCACGCUCCACCAGCAUGCCAAAGAGCCGGACGGUUUCCAUGGUGCUGAUGGUGUGGUUGAUUGCUGGCUGCAUAGCUUUGCUGCCCCUAACGGGCCUCGGAAGCUACCAUAUACAGAUGCCGGGCUCCUGGUGCUUUUUCAACAUCAGCUCAGAGGGAAAGGACAUGGCUUUCUCCCUGAUCUUCUCUCUGGUUGGACUGGUUUGCAUCGCUGUGUCCUUUUUGCUGAACACAGUGAGCGUAGUGACCCUGAUCAAGGUGUGCUGUGGACAGGACAGGACCCAGCGACGACGUGACCAUGAAGUGGAGAUGAUGGUGCAGCUUAUCCUGAUCAUGAUCAUCGCUUCUGUUUGCUGGUGUCCGCUCUUGGUCUUUAUCGCUAAAACUGUGCUGUCUGGAGGGCCUCUCCGGAUCAAAUACCUACUGCUGUGGCUGCGCUUUGCCACCUGGAACCAGAUCCUAGACCCAUGGGUCUACAUUUUGUUUCGCAGGGCAGUUUUUAAGAGAGUCUACCCCCGCCUCGACUGGUCCCGGGGCUCCGUCAUGAGCCUGUACCCAUCUUUCGGCGAGACUGUCCGCAGGUUCACACGAGCUUCACUCAAGAGCAGCCUGGGCUCUGAUGAAACAGAAGAGACAGAGAAAUCUAAUGUGACCGCCAAAUCUGCUUUAAAGCCGGAGCCGCCUCCUCCAUGAUUAGCUGGACUUAGUUGCCACAAACUAAGUGGUGUCACCAGGGUCACAGUUCAUGUUUGACUGUUUCCACUGAGUUUUUAAUGGACUGUGACCAGGAUAAGUUGGAUGAUUUCACCAAUAAUCUAUAAGGAUUUUAUCUUGUUAUGUUAUUACAUACUCUGUACUCUGCAGUAUCAGUGAUGGCACUUUCUAGAUGUACUGUUUUGUUUUUUAGACAUUAUGUUACAGUAGAUAAAAGUAAUCAUUCUGGCAAUUGUUCUCAUGAAAUGCUUCGAAUUUGUAGGACAAUAUGCCCUUUAAGCACAUGUACACUUUGCCCAGAUGCUCGUGUGUCACAUUCUCAAAGUAUUUAGCUCAAUAUUUUGUGAGGAACCCUUGAAUGUUCAUGGUAACAGUAGAAAAAUGGAUUUCAAAAACAUCAGACAUUGAUAACAGACUGCUAGAGAUGCCCAAAGUAGAAGCGGUUUAACUAAAAUUAUAUGCUUUCUUAAAAUUUUUCAAGCACUUCCAGUACUAUUUCCAUUUCAUCGUAGGAGUGAUUAUAUUCUAUAUACUGUAUUUUCCGUACUAUAAGGCGCUCUUAAAAGCCUUUAAUUUUCUCAAAAUUCGACGGUGCGCCUUUUAACCCAGUGCACUUUAUGUGUGCACUGAGUUCCAAAAUCUGCACCCAUAUCACCGCUACUGUGAAAAACCAAGUGAAGCAAAUGAAUUUGGAGCUUGCCAUCAUUCCAGGAGGAUUAACAAAAGAACUCCAACCGCUGGACAUUGGUGUAAACAGGGCGUUCAAAGUGAAGUUGUGAGCGUCGUGGAAGCGAUGGAUGUGAGACGGCGAACACACCUUUACUAAGACUGGGAGGCAGCGCCAGGCGAGUUACGCCACCAUAUGUGAAUGGAUUGUGGAUGUCUGGGCUAAGGUAUCUGCUUUGACUGUCGUCCGAGCUUUCGCAAAAGCCGGCAUCAUUGCUGAACAGCCACCCGGCAACGAGACUGACUCCGACAAUGACAAGAGGGAACCCGGCAUGUUUGAUGGCGAAAUUGCCCAGCUAUUCAAUUCAGAUACAGAAGAUGAGGACUUCGAUGGAUUUGUGACAAAAGAUUGAUCAAAAAAUAAUGUGAGUGUAUUUUUAAAUACUUAGUAGAAUAAAGUUCAAACAAACUCACUGUUUUGCUUCCGUUACCUUGUUUUAGCAUGCGCCGAAUAAUACGGUGCGCCUUAUGUAAGGCUUAAGUACAGAAAUAGACCCCGUAAUUGAGACUGCGCCUUACAAUCCGGUGCGCCUUAUGGUGCGGAAAAUACAGUACCUAUUUAUGCAGAUAAUACUGUCCUUUAUUAUGACUCUGGAGAUAUUUUAAAAUCACAGGCCAUGGAAUGGAAUUUGUUUUCGUAUUGUCAAGAUGGAAUUGAACAUAGAGCCAAAAUCUGGAAAUUAUUAGUUGUUAACUUGAAUUUUACAAAUCUGUGUAAAAAUGAUGGUGAGCAAUAGCUUCAGUUUCACAUUAUUAGUAAUCCCUGUUCAUCCUUGUCUGUCAUAUGAAUUCUGGUCAAACCUGGCAGAAGAGCAAAGGUUAGACUGCCCAUAUAAACAUCAUUGUGAAAAUAGGCACAGAUCAUUUCAACUAUGGAUAUUUUGUUUGGUCAGCUUAUAAAAAUAUUUUUAUUCAGAUGGUGUGUGAAAAGUGAAUGUCAAAAAUACUAUUUAAAAAAGAUUGUUGAGAUUAGACGUUUACUGAAACUGAUAUAAGCAGAAAGCACAAUUGCUGUAUUUCAGUUGAAGGUUUAAGUUGUCUAUUAUGUUUCACAGUGUUCUGUAACAUUAGAUUCCGAUAGUAAUAUAUUACUUGUUUCAAAAGCAGUGUUACCACUUUACUGAUUACUCACUGUAUUGCUGGUUUGCUUUUGUUCUUAUUGGUGAUUUCAUAUUCUCUUGAAACUUUUGAAACUUUGCCUAAAUUCGUACCUCCCAUUGUUGGUGUGUAACUAUUCACAUAGUUGUUGUUUUUUUCCAGGCUUUAAUGUACCCAUCUUUGAGAUUUUUACAUGGAAGUAAAAUGCAUGUGUGGUUUAUGAAACGUGA